CGAGGCGCAAUUCCACUGGGUUUAGGAAACGUUAUUUUUAAUGAUUCAGUGAUUCAACUCAGCUUCUCAGAAUUAAUUACAUAAAGCUUGGUAGUUUCCAAGCAAACGAAAAUGAAAGUGGGAAAAUACCUCUUCUAACCUAGAGCAGAGCCUUUUGCCCGGAGACCAGUGACGCCCAGCAGUCAUUCUCCUCGUUUAUUGGCAAAGCCCAAGCACUUUAUAAGUCGAGCGCCUGCUCUCUUUGCUCUCAGAUUCAGAAAGAAGGCUGUGUUCGUGGUCAUGUCGCGCCUCUUCCUAUUUGCCCUCUUGGGGCAUUUGUGCUUCCUUCCCUACCUAGAUGCUAUCACAAGUCCUCCCAGGGUUCAAGUUUACUCUCGGUACCCACCAGAUAGUGACAAAAGCAACUUCUUGAAUUGCUACGUGUCAGGAUUCCACCCCCCUCAGAUUACUAUUGAGUUACUGAAAGAUGGGAAGAAAAUGGAGAAUGUAGAGCAGUCUGACCUGUCUUUCAGCAAGGACUGGACCUUCAAUCUCCUGGUUUCUGCACCAUUUGAUCCAAAUUCUAACAGUGAAUUUGCCUGUAAAGUGACCCAUUCAACUCUCAACGAACCUAAAGUGGUUAAAUGGGACAAAGACAACUAGCCUGCAUUAUGGGCAUCAAGAAAUCUUCCUGAAAUGGAUGGAAAUGUUUCAGUAUUUUCCCAUCAUUACAAUGAAAUUCAGCUUCCCUAUGUAUAGGGACUAGAAAAAUAUUAGUUUCACUUUGAUGCUUUGCUUUCUAAGCAUGUUUUAAUGUAUCUGAGCAUUUUGACUUUGUAUGGGAUGCAUAGCUUUGAGAGAGGGAAGAACUAGAUCCCUUGAUUCAAUAUUUGUUGCCUUUAUUGUUCCUGAAUUCAGUUACUUCAUGCAGAAUGAAAAAUUGGUAUGUUGAAUUCUAUAAACAAUUGAAUCUGCUGACAAACUCAUUGAUCCUUAGAAUCUCAACUUCUGCACUGCUUCCACCAUAUUGGGCAUUUGGUGGGAUAAUUUAAUCCUAACAUUAUCAGUAUCACUGGGAGUUUUUUAACCAAUAACUGUUAGAGCACCACCUUCACUCUUAGUGUAUCUGCCAUAUCCCAGAUUAAUCAAUAACCCUAACAGACAUUUAGUAAGGACAGGAUAUCUGAAUGUGCCAGAAAACUCAGAAUGUGAAUAUCUCUCUUGGGAUCUUGAACCUUAAUUUUGUCAAAAAAUCAGUAACUAAAAUCAUUCUGGCAGGAGUUUUUAAAUUAAUUGUUAAUUACACAUUUAAAAAGGAAAUCCAAAAACUGUGUUUACCUAAAUUUGUUGUUGAUGAGAAUGUUUUGCUGAAUAAAACAAUGGUGAACCGGG